UACUGCUCGAGUCGAGGUAGCUCAAGGACGUUCGGAGAAGCUCGUGCCACAGCGCGCAACGUGACGUACCAGAGGCAGCCGUUGCUUUGUUGCUUGCCACGAGCAUGCAGCACGCAGGGGUUGCUUUUAUCUGAAGCUGGUGCUUGUUAGCAUAUCACCAAGAUGGCGGGGUUCUUGCGCUCCGCCGUGUUGGGUGUGGCGCGGCAGGCAUCAAGGUCGUCUCGUGUGUUUCCCCAACUCGAUCAAGCGCAGCCUGGGGUCGCUGGAUUUUCCCGAGCAAUUGGAGCAGUCCGGUGGUAUGCAGCUGAACCUGAGCAUGAUGUCAUAGUAAUUGGAGGAGGCCCGGGCGGGUACGUUGCCAGUAUCAAGGCAGGUCAACUGAAACUGAAGACAGUGUGUGUGGAGAAGAGGGGAGCACUUGGCGGAACCUGCCUCAAUGUCGGCUGCAUUCCGUCAAAGGCCCUGCUUCAGACGUCCCACAUGUACCAUGAGGCCAAGGAAAACUUCAAGAACCAUGGAGUCAUGGUGUCUGGCGUUGACAUCGAUCUCCCAGCGAUGAUGGCUCAGAAGGACCGCGCUGUGAAGGGCUUGACGCAAGGUGUGGAGGGCCUGCUGAAGAAGAACAAGGUCAAGUACGUCAAAGGCUGGGGCAAGAUCACAGGCCCCAACGAGGUGACGGCAGAGCUCCUGGACGGGGGCGAGGAGAAGCUCACAGCCAAAAGCAUCAUCAUUGCAACCGGCUCAGACGUGCGGGAGCUACCCGGCGUGAAGAUCGACGAGGAGAAGAUUGUCUCGUCGACAGGGGCGCUCAGCUUGAAAGCCAUCCCGAAGAAGCUGGUGGUCAUCGGGGGUGGGUACAUUGGCCUCGAGAUGGCGUCGGUUUGGUGCCGCCUGGGGUCGGACGUGGAGGUGGUGGAGUUUACCGACGACGUCGUCCCGACCAUGGACAGCGAGGUGCGGCGCGCGUUCAAGCGCUCCCUUCAGAAGCAAGGCUUCAAGUUCACGCUCAAGACCAAGGUGGUGAGCGCCGAGGUCCAGGGGGACAAGGUGAACCUUGUCCUGGAGCCUGCCAAGGGGGGGGAGCAGACGAAGCUGGAGGCCGACAUCGUCCUGGUGGCCACCGGACGAGUCCCGUUCACGAAGGGGCUCGGCCUGGAGGAGGUCGGGGUGAAGCUGGACAAGUUUGGCCGAGUCGAGGUGGACCAGCACUUCAGGUCGAGCGUUCCGAGCAUCUAUGCGAUUGGUGACGUCAUUCCUGGCCCAAUGCUUGCGCACAAGGCUGAGGAGGACGGCGUGGCAUGCGUGGAGUUGCUGGCGGGCAAGGCUGGACACGUUAACUAUGACACUGUUCCGGGCAUCAUCUACACCUGGCCGGAAGUGGGGAUGGUCGGCAAGACUGAGGACCAGUUGAAGGCAGCUGGUGUGAAGUACCGGGUGGGCAAGUUCCCCUUCAUGGCCAACAGCAGGGCCAGGACGAUCGAGGACACUGAAGGAAUGGUCAAGUUUAUCUCGGAUGCAGAGACGGACAAGAUUCUUGGAGUCACCAUCAUGGGGCCCAAUGCUGGUGAGAUGAUCGGCGAGUGCGUGUUGGCUAUGGAGUACGGCGCGGCGACUGAAGACAUAGCCAGGACAUGCCACGGACAUCCUACAUUGUCGGAGGCUAUCAAGGAAGCAGCCAUGGCGACAUACGAUAAGCCUAUUCACAUCUAAGCUUAAAAAUCUCGUAAGAACUCACAUGCAAUCCUCAGGGCCGCACAUUUUAGAUUGUGAAUGUCUCUAGGCCAAACAACAAUUAUGUACAAAGGAAGCUCGUAAUCCGAAGAAGAGCCUCUUAUGCGUUAGGAACUUUGCAGCACCGAUCAAGUCGUGGGAUUGAAGGUUGUUGUCUAUCCCCUGUUGCUUGCGCAAUGGAGCAGUAAAGUGGCGCAUACAAGACAGAUGUCUGGCUUCCGCUUGUACGUUUCCCUGUAUACAAAGAUGGCUACUCUGUCUCGAGCAGCAUGUACAAUUGGC